GGGAGAUAUUUUCUACCAGAUCCUCGAGCCUGAGCAGCCUGACACCGGUCGACCUCCAGCAGCAGAUGAUGAUCUUCUGCCACAACCAACUCUAAAAGAAGCCACAACUUCAGGGAGAAAACCAGCCAAACAGCUUCAACCACCUUCUCAGAUGGUUGUAUCGGACACAUCGAGCGAUGAGGGUGUAAUCGGACCGACUCAGGGUCCAACUGUGCAGAGGUUUGUGGCUGAAACACCAGAGAGGGAACAACGAGUGCUGAACUCUCACUCUUCCUCUGAGGAUUCCGACUCUGGAGGGAAAGGUCAAAACCUGAAGCAGUUUGGGCUGCAGGUCAUCGUCAACUAUGAUCCAGAGCUGGAUCAAGUGUGUGGAUUGGAAGUAGGUGUGAAAGAUGGAAAGGUGGGUAAAGAUACAGCUGAUAAUACUGAGGAAGCCAGCAGUUUGGGUCACAUUGGUCCCUCAGAGUGGCAGACUCCAGUAAAGCUCAGUGACGGCGCUCUCAGCACGUGGAAACAUUGGCUCCAGAAAUUGAUGCAUAAGAGUCGUGAUAAGAAGCCCCGUCCACGUUGCCUACAGCACUUGACAGUCAAAACUGGAGGCCUCCUCCACCUUUCUGAAGAUGAGAGAGAUGAGGCACAGAGAUAUUCGACAAAAGCUAAGCCUGUGCAGAGCCUGAGGCGUGAUCUGAGAGCGUGCAUGUCCAAACGCUCGCUGCUGGUUCACAGUGCUGUCUCCGCCUCCCUCGGGGCUCCAGAUGUGGUAAUGGUGCCAGACCCGGUGGAUACAGAAAUAUGGAGAGAUCAGAUCAGCCAACGUCUGACCCUCUCCUGGCAGGGGGAGGAGGCGUGGCGGGCGUGGUGGGAGGAUCAGCUGGGGCUGAACAGGGAGGAGAAGGUGGAGGCUCUGAAGAGGAAAAGGAGGAGGGAGAAGGAGGCAAAGAGAGCCACCGGCCGACGCCUGGAGCUGUCCGGGAGCUUCACCUCGUCUGUCAGCUACCAGUCAGAGCUGGGCGAUUUUUCCGAUUCAACUGGCUGGUCCUCUGCAGCGAGCCAGGGGGCGUGGUCAGACACCGAAAGUAAGAUGUCCCAGUUGGAGGGCUCUUUGGAGUGCGGGACGCCAAGAGCCUCAACACCCUCCACCAUGCAAACUGACACUCCAGCUUACACACCGACCACCACACCUCAAAGUGUUAAAGAUAAACAAGGUGACCAGCAGACUCCCAGCAGCUCCCGCACCCUUGCCCUGUCUCAGACACCAAAACCUGACUCCACACUGGCCAAUCAGAGGAGCAACAAGCGUCCAGCUGAGGACUACCUCAGCUCUCUGUUUGCACCACAGGAUGAGCCCUCGCAGCAUGACGGUUAUUUCCUGGAAGAGGGGAGCACUGUGCACCACCCACCUCCACCUAUGGCCUUGUCCUCCACUCAGCUCCGUAGCUCCCAGUCUGUCCCUCAGAGGAGCCUCAGGAUGGAUCUGUCCCAGGACACCGCCGUCUGGUCAGGUUUCUCCCAGUCUCAGUCCCUCUCCCAGAGUUCACAGGGUCGGAUGGGGCUGUCGCAGGCGUCGCAGCCCAAGAGGAAGAAGUCUCGAAUGGGAUUUUGAUUCAUCAGUUGGUCUGUCCAUCAUACGAAGGGGGAGUGAAUCGAACUGAAUACACGUGGAAUACACGUUUUUCUCCUAAUAACUCGCCAAAACAAAAGCAAGGGGCUGGACUCACCGGCCUCAAAUUAAAAGGAAUGUUUUUUGGAUUUCUGGUGUCUUCAGCUGCCUCAGGAUUUGUGAAAAUGGAUUUCUAAUGGUAUGGUAUUAUUCACUGGGAUUGUACAUACAUGAAUGAACUUAACUGUAAAAUGGAUCUAACGGAGGAGGAUAAACUGAAUGGAUGAUGGAAAAGGAUCCAUCACAUUGUUGGUGAUCCCUGAACACGUCUGCAGACUGGCUGAAGAAAACUGACUGCAACUAAUUUGGUAGGUGUGUGUGUGUGUGUGUGUGUGUGUGUGUGUGUGUGUGUGUGUGUGUGUGUGUGUGUGUGUGUGUGUGUGUGUGUGUGUGUGUGUGUGUGUGUGUGUGUGUGUGUGUGUGUGUGUGUGUGUGUGUGUGUGUGUGUGUGAAAUAAUGUAGGAAUACUAACAGAAGUAAGUAGGAAAAAGAGAAACUGACUGGAGGCCCCUGCCUUUUUAAGAGAAUAUAAAAGCUGAAAAGAACUAAAGUGCCCUAAAGUUACUUAGUUUUUAGGAAUUGUUACAUCCUGGGACUUCUUGAUUUGCCUAAAUCCACAUCUAUCUGGUAAUAAUUACAACUGUGUGUGUGUUUUGUUAAAAUAGAAAUCCUGAAAGUCUGCGUCGUUUGACUUUCCUCAUCAGUAUCUCUGUAAAUGAAAGUACACCUCGCUCUUUGAGAUAAAUUAUUUUUAUAUUCCUUUCUACAUCUGCUUCUCGAAACAAAACGGAACAGAUUUGAAUAACACCACUUAGUUUUGGGUAGUCCUUAGAAACCAACGGGACAUGAUAAAGCUUUGUCAGUCUUCUCAAAGACAAAGGGCCACGUGAAAAAAAAAAAAAAAAAAAAAAAAAUACUUUCAUGGUUUUGUGAAUUUCUCCCCAAGUUUUGAUUAAAAUUUUUGAAGACUUACAAUUUGCCAAAAUACAACAUAACCUAGUAUAAGGGCCAAUGUAGCACGACUUUACUUUGUUUAAUAAGCGAAUUGUGUGACAUAAUUGAUCAAAUUUGUUCAAAUAACUAUCAAAUAAGCUUUUCUUUUUAAUGAUGCGAUAUAUUGAUGAAUAUUUUACUUCACUGCCAAAGACCUCAUCUGUCAACUUCACUGUGGACACAAAGUAAAUUAUUCAGAAACACUUACUACCCAAUUACUAUUUUAAUGUGGAGAACUUGGAUUUGUUUUCUCCUAAUGAUGGCCCUAAUGCUCUGUCAUACUAAAAGAAAUAUCUGCUGGAGGAUUUUAACUGUAGGACACCCUGCCCUGUGAGAGUGCAACAUCAAUCUCUAAAUAAAUCUGUUAUGUUCA